AUGGCUGAUUCUAUAUAUCACAAAUUUGAUAAAUAUUAUUUAAAUAUUAAUGAUACUACUAAAAUUGCAACUAUAUUAGAUCCUCAUAUUAAGUGCUCAGUUUUUGCAAUUGGAGAUGAAACUAAUAAUACCAUAUUUUUAUUACAUAGUAAAAUAGUUCAUUAUUCAACUACUGCUACAUUGGUUUUAUUGAACUUAAUAGAACUAUUUUUAGAAAGUUUAUUAUUAAAUCAGAGUAAUGCUCAUUCUUAUUUAAGAAAUUUUGCAAAUCAAUUUUGUCCAACUACAACCAUACAACCUAAUAUUAGGAAUGAGUUAGAAAGAUAUUUUGCUAUCCCUAUUAAUGAAAAUUGUGACCUAUGGAAAGAUAUUGAUAUUGAUGAUAAAAUGGAUUAUGAAUAG